CAUGAGCUGUCAUUGGCGGUUCUGGUUAACAAGCUGUCUAAUUAGUUAACCCCAGCGUAGUUACGAAGCAAUAUAUAAGGCAUCUGAAACAUCACAGAGAGCAGACAUAUUCUUCGUUAGGGAUGAUGUCGUACCUGAAAGUAAUGACCAUAUGGAACAUACUCUGCCUGUCCCUGGUGAUCCUUUCACUGUCCUUGGUUCAAGAAGUGUCUUCCCAAGAUGUAUCAAGCUGUACAGGGAGAUGUGGGGAAGGGUAUUCUAGAGAGCACGACUGCCAGUGUGAUUUUAACUGCCAACACUACAUGGAGUGCUGCCCUGACUUCAGGAAAGUCUGCACGGUGGCACUCUCCUGCAGAGGACGUUGCUUUGAAGCCUUUGAAAGAGGAAGAGAAUGCGACUGCGACGCGGAAUGUGAGAGAUACGGCAAAUGUUGCCCAGACUAUGAAAAACAGUGUAAAGAGGCACAUGCAAAAAAGCCAUCACCUACAACUCCUCCACCAACACCAAAAAGCUCACCCAAAAAUGAGGAGAAGCAGCCAGAAGAAGUCACGCAGCCCCAUGAAGUGAUGGAAGAUACCGACAGUGAAGUGGAAAACACAGUGACCAGUCCUGCUCCAACGACAAAACAACCUGACACAACCACAACAAUGGAACCAACUACACCAAGUCCCAAACCCAGUUUACCACCUACAACCACAGAAGAAACAACUACCACAGAGACCACUACAACAACAGAGGAACCAACAACCAAAGCUGAGUCUCCCACCACCCCCAAACCUGAAGACACAACCCCAGAAGAACCAACAACCAAAGCUGAGUCUCCCACCACCCCCAAACCUGAAGACACAACCCCAGAGGAACCAACCACCACAGCUGAGUCUCCCACCACCCCCAAACCUGAAGAGACAACCCCAGAGGAACCAACCACCACAGCUGAGUCUCCCACCACCCCUAAACCUGAUGAGACAACUCCUGAAGCUACAGAGGCAUCAACAACAAAAGCUGAGUCUCCCACCACCCCCAAACCUGAGGAUACAACCCCUGCAGCCACAGAGGCAGCAAUGACUGAAGAAGACUAUCUGACCACUGAUAAGGUUGAAGAUAUGACCCCUGAGGCCACAGAGGAACUAAUGACUGAAGCAGAUCCUCCUACCACCGCCAAAGCAGAAGACACAACCCCUGAAGUCACAGAGGUACCAACAACGAAAGCUGACUCUCCUACCACCCCCAAACCAGAAGACACAACCUCUGAACCCACAGAGGCACCAGUGACAGAGGCAGAUGCUCCCACUACCGCAAAGGUUGAAGAUAUGACGCCUGAGGCCACAGAAGAACUAAUGACUGAGGCAGAUGCUCCCAACACACCAAAACUUGAAGACACAACCCCUGAAGCAACAGAGGAACCAACAACCACGGCAGAGUCUCCCACCACCCCAAAACCAGAAGACACAACCCCAGAGGAACCAACCACCACAGCUGAGUCUCCCACCACCCCCAAACCUGAAGAGACAACCCCAGAGGAACCAACCACCACAGCUGAGUCUCCCACCACCCCCAAACCAGAAGAGACAACCCCAGAGGAACCAACAACCACAGCUGAGUCUCCCACCACCCCAAAACCAGAAGACACAACCCCAGAGGAACCAACAACCACAGCUGAGUCUCCCACCACCCCAAAACCAGAAGACACAACCCCAGAGGAACCAACAACCACAGCUGAGUCUCCCACCACCCCAAAACCAGAAGACACAACCCCAGAGGAACCAACAACCACAGCUGAGUCUCCCACCACCCCAAAACCAGAAGACACAACCCCAGAGGAACCAACAACCACAGCUGAGUCUCCCACCACCCCCAAACCAGAAGAGACAACCCCAGAGGAACCAACCACCACAGCUGAGUCUCCCACCACCCCCAAACCAGAAGACACAACCCCAGAGGAACCAACAACCACAGCUGAAUCUCCCACCACCCCCAAACCAGAAGAGACAACCCCAGAGGAACCAACCACCACAGCUGAGUCUCCCACCACCCCCAAACCAGAAGAGACAACCCCAGAGGAACCAACAACCAUGGCAGAGUCUCCCACCACCCCAAAACCAGAAGACACAACCCCAGAGGAACCAACAACCACAGCUGAGUCUCCCACCACCCCCAAACCAGAAGAGACAACCCCAGAGGAACCAACCACCACAGCUGAGUCUCCCACCACCCCCAAACCAGAAGACACAACCCCAGAGGAACCAACAACCACGGCAGAGUCUCCCACCACCCCCAAACCAGAAGACACAACCCCAGAGGAACCAACAACCACGGCAGAGUCUCCCACCACCCCAAAACCAGAAGACACAACCCCAGAGGAACCAACAACCACGGCAGAGUCUCCCACCACCCCCAAACCUGAAGAGACAACCCCAGAGGAACCAACCACCAAGGCAGAGUCUCCCACCACCCCAAAACCAGAAGACACAACCCCAGAGGAACCAACAACCACAGCUGAGUCUCCCACCACCCCAAAACCAGAAGACACAACCCCAGAGGAACCAACAACCACGGCAGAUUCUCCCACCACCCCCAAACCUGAAGAGACAACCCCAGAGGAACCAACAACCACAGCAGAGUCUCCCACCACCCCAAAACCAGAAGACACAACCCCAGAGGAACCAACCACCACAGCUGAGUCUCCAACCACCCCAAAACCAGAAGAGACAACCCCAGAGGAACCAACCACCACAGCUGAGUCUCCCACCACCCCAAAACCAGAAGACACAACCCCAGAGGAACCAACCACCACAGCUGAGUCUCCAACCACCCCAAAACCAGAAGACACAACCCCAGAGGAACCAACAACCACAGCUGAGUCUCCCACCACCCCAAAACCAGAAGACACAACCCCAGAGGCACCAACAACCAUAGCUGAGUCUCCCACCACCCCAAAGCCUGAUGACACAACCCCAGAGGAACCAACCACAACUGCCUCUCCCACCACACCAAAAUCUGAGGCGGCAACCCCAGAGGAACCAACCACCACAGCUGAGUCUCCCACCACCCCCAAACCUGAAGAGACAACCCCAGAGGCACCAACGACCAAAGCAGCGUAUCCUACCACCCCCAAACCUGAUGAGACAACUCCAGAAGCACCAACAACCAAGGCAGAGUCUCCCACCACCCCCAAACCUGAAGAGACAACCCCGGAGGCGCCAACAACCAAAGCAGCGUCUCCUACCACCCCCAAACCUGAUGAGACAACUCCAGAAGCACCAACAACCAAGGCAGAGUCUCCCACCACCCCUAAGGUCAAGGUUACCAGUCCUGCAGCUGCCACCACAGUCAUGCAGAAAACUUCCCCUCCCGAAGUGACAACAACUGUCCCUGCAUCAGUCACGGCUGCUAAAAAAGCCACCACCACUCCGAGGAGUGAGGCAGUCACAACGAGGAAGGAAACACCCACACCUGGAGCAGACAGCACAGUUUCAGAAACAACAACAGAGAAGAAAAUCACAACUCCUGCACCCAAAGUAGCAACCAGCACAACUGCAAAGGCUAAGAGCGUUACUACUCCUACAACCACAGCACCAACAACUAAAAUAGAAACAACCACAGUGAACAAAGAGAUAACAACACCCAAGAAAGACAAAACUACUGUGCUUAAAGACAUUAUAACAAGCAGGAGAGACACAACUACUGUAACAAUGGUGGUAACAGCUAAACCAGAUGAUAAUCUGAGCACAACUGCCAAAACAGAUGCAACUCCUAAACCCAGGGAGAUUGUGACAACAGCUAAAAGGGACACAACUAUGGGAACCAAGCAGCCGGUAACAGCAGCAGCUGCAGGGAGCACAGGCACUACUAAUGUUGUAGAGACAACAGCUGGUAAAAACGAGGUAACAACCAAAGAAACCAGCGUCACACCUGAAAAAGAAAUGCAAGAUGCCACUGAAAAGUCACCUAGUGUUGAGAAGGGAGAGGAAACUACACCUACUAAAGAGACCGCUACAAGAGAGAAAAAAGACACAAUAGAAGAAAUGUAUGUUGUUUCUAAAGGGACGUCCAAGCCAGCUAUACAUUUCCAGGAGGUCACUGACACCAGAGAUGAGCUUCGGCCAGCAGAACCCGAAACUCAGCCAGCAGAAGAGGAGCCCGAGAUGAACAACAAGCCUUCAAUACAAACUGCGGACCUGCCGGUUGUCACUGGAGAAACACAAGCCCUGAGCGACGAGAAGGACCUGUGCAGCGGGAAGCCGGCGGACGGCAUGGUGGCCCUGCCCAACGGCACCCUGGCUGUCUUCCGAGGGCACUACUACUGGCUGCUGAACGGCCGGACCCCGCCGACCACCAACCCGCGGCGGAUCCGCGACGGCUGGGGCAUCCCGUCCCCCAUCGACGCCGUGUUCUCCAGGUGCAACUGCGACGGCAAGACCUUCUUCAUCAAGGGUCCACUUUACUGGCGUUUCACCAACGGUGUGAUGGAUAAAGGGUAUCCCAAACCUCUUGCCAAUGGCUUCGCAGGGCUAAGUGGGAAAAUUGUAGCAACCCUCCCCGUGGCAAGAUACCAGAACAGACCAGAAUCUGUUUAUUUUAUCAAAAAAGAUGGCAACAUGCAACAGUACGUGUACAAACAGGAGCCAGCCAAGCAGUGCCAGCGAAGGGCGCGGGUUACCAUACGGUACCCAGCUUUCAUCCCAAGGCUCGUCAUAAGGAGACGCGUCCAACGUGCUGUGAGAACUCCAACCAUUAUUCGGACUGUCAGAAUCAACCCAUAUCCAGCUGGAGUUUUGCGUAAGGAAAUCAAAGUGACUGCCUACUGGAGAGGGCUCCCCAAAGUAAUUCAUUCGACAAUAGCACUACCCAACUACAAUAAGCCAGACGGCUACGAUUAUUAUGCCUUCUCCUACAAUCGGUACUACAGUUUGGAUGUUGGCAGAAGAAUAGCAAGACCCGUUACCGCUCUCACAGGAAAGACUGUAACCAAAGACUGGUACAACUGUCCUAGCAAGUGAUGCGCAGCAGAGGACUUUGAAAAAAGAUGCCAUUUGAAUGUUGACAUUUUGUCUAAUUUUAUUAAUAAAGACAUCGAAAUGUGUGCACACAAAUCUAAGUAUAAAACGCUGCUUUAAGCUCUGGCUUCAUGACACUAAAGCAACCACAGGCAAACUGGCACUUUUGUAUACACAGCUGUAAUUACUUUACAGAUCAUUAAUUAAUGUUGCCUCUGUUCAGGCCUCCUCUGCCUCCCAUUGCAUGAGUUACACCUGUGUCGGGAAGAAAAAGACAAGACAAAAAAACACACAACAAAUACAUUAAUAUAAAUCAUUUUCACCCUUUUAACCAACCAUUGGUAGACGUGAUACUUCAUUUUUCUGUUGGGAAUUGCUCCUUUCUGGUAGCAUUUGAGCUGCCCUCCCUCCCCUUUUGUUACUAAACCAAUGGUGAUAAGACUAUAAAGAACAUCAAUCCUCGGUCUGCCUCCUCACUUCUUUUUUUCCUUUGUAAUACCAGACACCUGUAUUUCAGUGCUAGUAGCAAGUCUUGUACAAUGUUAAAAUAAUGCCAACCCAAAUACAAUUCAUCUAAGGAUUUUUCUUAAUUCAAAAGUUGCAAACAACAGUUUAUUGUUGUGGUUUAACUCCAUAUCGAAUUCCAAAAAUCUGUAAUGCUUCCCAAAACUUUACUUUUUAAUCGACAUAAGACAUGGUGAUAUAAUAUCUAGAAACUUUGAUGUACCCAAUGGGAAACUGAUAUGCAAUGUUAAAAAACAAACAUUUCUAAACUUAGGUCCUAACAUUUAAAAAAAUCUUUUAAAACUUUAUAAAAUUCACAAUCUACUGCCAUUUACUUUCUGUCCACUGCUAAGAACCAAGUGCCACAUAAGAAGAAAGUCUGCCUGUCUAAACAACGCUCAGACUAACACACUAAACCAAAACUACAGAGCUCUUAGGGUAGCACAUUGGAAGUUAGGGCAGGGACGCUGUAUUACUCAAUGUCUUACAAGCAAAUGUAGCCAUAUAAAGUAGUACUUCAUAUAUGGUCCCCACAGGAAGAAAGUACCAAAAAUUAUUUGAAAAAGGCUGAAUUUGAGCAACCAUGAACACUUACCCCUCUGUCUGUUGAACUGGCGACCCCGAACACCAGUUCUCAAUGUCGGUGGCUGAAGUCGGACACGGCGAAACGGCUUCGGCUGAUUGCUGCUUGUGUCUGAAGAAGUGGAAAUGCAGGAAACAAUGUCUGUGUCUAGUGCUGUUUCUCAAUGUUUACAUGAUUUGAUAUGCAUCGUGCUCUCAAACUUUACUUCAAAAUUAUGAAAGUGCAUCCUUAUUUCAUUCACAGCUUCUCUCAUGUAAAUAAAAGCCUUAAAACAA